AUGAUUAAAUCCACUCUAAUAUUCAGAGAUGAUGAAAAGGGUUAUCCAAGAAACAUAUGUUUUAGCUAUCUAAAAGAUGUGAGCACAGAAUUCGAACACAGCUAUGGUAAUGAGUACAAUAAACCAAAUAUUAGACCAUAUGCAUUUGUUACUUUUGAUAAUUUUUUGCAAAAAACCAAAAAGAUUUAUAAUGAUAAUCGUGUUCACUCAAACCUAGAUCAAUUAAAUCAAGAUUUGCAGGGUGUCAAACAAAUCAUGACUAAAAACAUUGAAGAUAUUCUAUACAGAGGUGAUUCUUUGGAUAAGAUGAGUGACAUGAGUGCUUCUUUAAGACAAGAUGCUAAGAAAUAUAGAAGAUCUGCACGAAAAAUUAAUUUACAGCUAUUGAUUAGCCAAUAUGCACCAGUGGCUUUUGUUGCAUUUCUGUUCGUUUUUUUAAUUUGGUGGAAGUUUUUAUAA